GAAGCCGGAAACAGAAGCGGCUGUCUCACUCCUCCGAAUCGUACUAGCAGCAGAUACGGGUUUUCCCAAGCUGGCACUUUUUUUUUCUCCCGUCGAUUAAUUCAUAGCGGAACUCUUGAGCAACCCCGUUUUGUCGAGGGGAGAGUUUGAGUCCGACACUAGCUCACACAGGCUGAUGCAAGUUAAAUGAGUGAGCUGAGUGAAGAACACUGCACGCCAGUGUGAAGACGAUGACAGACUGUGAAGGAGCCAUGAGUCCUGUGGAGCUCUACGAGAAACUGACAGCACAAGGAGACCAAGUCAGAGCCUUGAAAACAGCGAAAGCUCAGAAAGCUGAUAUCGACGCUGCUGUCCAGUUGCUGCUAAAACUGAAAGUGGACUACAAACAGAUGACAGGUCAGGAUUACAAAGCAGGCUGUCCACCCUCAGAAAACACUGUUGCUCCUGACAACGGGCCAGCAGCAGAUGGCGCUGACGAUGAAGACACAGUUGACCCCUGGAACGUUUCCACCACCAACGCUAAGGGAGUGGAUUACGACAAACUCAUAGUGAGGUUUGGCAGCAGUAAAGUUGACAAGGAACUGGUGGACAGAAUAGAGAAAGUCGCGGGACAGCAACCUCACCGCUUUCUCCGAAGAGGAAUGUUCUUUUCACACAGAGAUAUGCAUCAGGUACUGGAUGCGUAUGAGAAGAACAAGUCCUUCUACCUCUACACAGGCAGAGGCCCGUCCUCAGAGUCCAUGCACGUUGGUCACCUCAUCCCCUUUAUCUUCACCAAAUGGUUGCAGGAUGUAUUUGACAUCCCCCUGGUGAUCCAGUUGACUGACGAUGAGAAGUACCUGUGGAAGGAUCUAACACUAGAAGACUGUAACCGCUUCGCUGUGGAAAAUGCCAAGGACAUCAUUGCCUGUGGCUUUGAUGUCAACAAGACCUUCAUCUUCUCUGACCUCGACUACAUGGGUGCAUCACCUGAAUUCUACAGGAAUGUGGUAAAGAUCCAGAAGCAUGUGACAUUCAACCAGGUCAAAGGCAUCUUUGGCUUCACAGACAGUGACUGCAUUGGAAAGAUCAGCUUUCCAGCCAUCCAGGCAGCACCGUCCUUCAGUAACUCUUUCCCACACAUCUUCGGUAGCAGAAAGGACAUACAGUGUCUCAUCCCCUGCGCCAUAGACCAGGACCCCUACUUCAGGAUGACCCGUGAUGUAGCUCCAAGGAUCGGUUAUCCCAAACCAGCGCUGCUGCACUCCACCUUCUUCCCUGCCCUGCAGGGAGCACAGACCAAGAUGAGCGCCAGUGACGCCAACUCCUCUAUCUUCCUCACUGACACGCCCAAGCAGAUCAAAAACAAGAUCAACAAACAUGCAUUUUCGGGAGGAAAAGACACAGUGGAGGAGCACAGGAAGUAUGGUGGAAACCCAGACGUAGACGUCUCCUUCAUGUACUUGACUUUCUUCCUGGAGGACGAUGAACAAGUGGAGAAGAUCAGACAGGACUACGCAAGUGGAGCUCUCCUAACAGGAGAACUGAAGAAGAUUUUGAUCGAGACACUGCAGCCAAUGAUCGCCCAGCAUCAAGAGCGACGCAAACAAGUCACAGACGAGACAGUCAAGCAGUUCAUGACACCCAGGCCUUUAAAUUUUAAAUUCUAGACUGCUUGAGUGUCAACAUGCAUCAUGUCACAAAUCCCAGUACAAAAAGAAAUAAUUUAAUCCAUCUUUUUCCAUUGAAGAUUAUCCUAAUAUGUUAUUAUGAGAAGACGGACAUUUUCUCACAUACUCUGCUUCUUGACCGAAGAGAAAUUGAAAUGUAAAUUACUGGAACUAUGAUGUGCUUGCGCCGUGUCAAACUCAAGCAUGGCAUUGCCCGAGCCUCCAUGCUAAUUGUCAUGCUACUUGUUAGAUUCCCGCUGGCUGCACCAAAUGUACACAUUUGUCUUCAUGAAGUGUUUUGCGUUUGCAGCACUGCUGUAACAUCACAUGAGCGCUGAAAUCAGCUCCGGAUGAAAGACUAUUAAAGUGGAGUACAAAUGUA